UUUUUCCGCAACUAUCGCUGAAGUCAACCUAGAGUUUUGCUCUGACUCCCUUGCGCACCCUGGAGGGAAGUGGAAGAGAUUUAUGGUAUCUCUGCUGUCACCAGCUGUCACUAGGCAGUCAUCCGAUUAUAAGACAUGUGUCCUAAAAUAUAAAUUCUAAUAAAUAUACUGUUGAUACAGUUUUGCUGGCUGUAUUUGUUAUGUGCAAUUUGAUAGUGUAGUAUACAUAAUUUAUUUACUACAUGUGGUGAUUGAUUUAUAUUAACGCACAUAUUAAGUUCAAUGUGUAACAAAACAUUUUGUUCUUUAAGUUUUACGUACUAUUAAAUAUCUUGAUAAACACUGAAGAGAAAGGUAUAAAGAUGACAAAUGUGGCAGGAAAUUUAAAAUUAGUUUGUGAUAAAAUUUUGACUGCUUCUACUAAAAGACCAUUAGAAUAUCAAUAUUUUGAACCAUGUCUAGUGGCUGUAAGCAAAUUAAAACCUCCUGAAUUAAUUAUAGAAGCUUAUGAAGCAGGUCAAAGACAUUUUGGUGAAAAUUAUGUAAAUGAACUAGCAGAAAAGGGAAAUCACUCGAGUAUUUUAGCGAAUUGUCAAGAGAUACAUUGGCAUUUCAUUGGUCAUUUACAGAGCAAUAAAGUCAACAAGUUAUUGAGUGUUCCAAAUUUAUAUGUCAUAGAAACAAUAGAUAAUGAAAAAAUUGCAUCUGCACUGAAUACCUCUUGGCCUAAAUUUAGGAAACAUAAUGACAUAAAAUUAAAAGUGAUGAUACAAGUAAAUACUAGUGCAGAAAAAGAAAAAAGUGGUUGUGAAGUUUCAAAUGUUUCUUCCCUUGUAAAAUAUAUUAUCGAUAAUUGUGAAAACUUGGAAUUUAUUGGGCUUAUGACAAUAGGCAAGUAUGGAUACGAUAUCGCCAAUGGUCCAAAUCCUGAUUUCUUAUGUUUGAGAGAAUGUAGAGAGAAUGUUUCACAAGAAUUAGGUAUUGACUCGGACCUCGAUAAGUAGAAAUUGAUGAGAAAUGAAAAAUGUUCUGAGUUAUAGAGGUUACAACUUACAGAGAUUCAGUAACCAAUUUUCGAUUUACAGAGGUAUCUAAAAAAACGAAUUUGAAAUAUAAGUAUGUUUAAAUUACAAAUGCACCACAAUUUUUAUUGUUUUUUAAAGUCAUUGCUGGAAGGUGAUUAUUAGCAGCAGCUGAUGAUAAUUAACAACAAUUUGUUGCGAUUCGUGUCUUCUGUUAUAUUGGUUGUCUUGGAUUUUCUUAAUUGAACUCUUAAAUGAUCUUGAUUUUUUAAGGAAGCAGAAUAAGAUUUGUUGAAUUUUCAAACAAUUUUUGAAGUUUUCAAACAAAUUCAAUAAGAAUAUUGAUAAAAUUUAUUCAUAAUAAUCUGUAAUUUUGCUGUGCAUUUAAUGUACAAUACUUUUCAACACAGAUAGCAUUAUAAAAUUGUACUAAAACAGAGAAUUGGCGGCAAUACAAUAAGAGGCUGACUGGUUACUACAAGAUUUAAUAAAAAAAACAAACAAAUUACAGUUGCUGUAAAAAUUGUCAUAAUAUGUUUCUCAUUGUAAUCAAUUUCUAUAAAGGGUCUAGCAAGGUAAGCAUGAGAAAAUGGCCCGACAUCAAUUUAGGUGUUAUUGUUUGGUAAACAAUGUUCCUCGUCUGAAACAUUAUUUUCUAAAAUUUCAGAUCCCUACCCCCUCGUUUAAGGAUAAUAUGGGGGUAAACGCCCUUAACUUUAUCAUUUUUUUUCUCGAUUACUAGUUAAGAUAUUUAAAUACAACAACCGGGAAAAAAUAGUUACAUAUUAACUUUAUUUCAUAUAUUUUUCUCCAAAAUGUAAACCAAUUAUCAAGUAUGGAAAAAUAAUAAUUAAUUUUUUGAUUUUUGCAAACAAUCCUUUGAGUUAUCACUGCCAAAGAAUCAAACAUAAUGCUCCGUUAUCGAAUUAUUAUAUUUAAAAUCCAGAAAAUACUCAAAUUGGUAGAACAUAGUUAAAUAAUUUAAAGAAUGUGAAACUUGUAAUAUGCGUAUAGAGAAUAAACUUUUUUAAAAUAAUUUCGUAACAAAAACUUCGUUUAGCAAAAUAAAUGCGUAAAUAAAGGGAUAUUAUAUUAAAUUGAAACAAUAGGCAAGAGAUCAGCCGUGAGUAUGUACCUGUACAUACAAAUUAAUAAGUAGCUAUUUUUUCCCGGUUGUUGUAUUUAACCGUGAAAAGAAAAUAAUAAAGUUAAGGGCUUAAACGGGCGAGUAGCGAUCUGAAAUUUUGCACAAUAAUGUUUCAGAUGAGGAACAUUGUUUACCAAGUAAUAACAGCAAGAAUUGGCGUGGAGGCCAUUUGGCCAUGCUUAUCUUGCUAGACUCUUUAAGUUACAUUACUUAUAUGUCAUGCAGCUUUAAAUUAUUUUUGUCUCUUGUUUAAAUUAUCGAUGUUUUACGGUAGGAAAUUAUAAUUUUUGACUUAUAGAGAUUAUAGAGAAUUCAGUUAAGUAAUUUUUUUUAUAUAAUGGUAAAUAUUAGAUAAGAACGGUAAACUGUAUUAUCUCAUUAUAAAAAAAUUAAAUUUAAAAAAGCAUAAUAUACUACCAUCUAAAAACAAAUUCACUAAAAUAACUUUUUCAUCCUAACUGUGAGCAGUACCGUAUUUGUAAAAGUGCACA